AUGCUAAAACCUGCAGAACUGUGCGCGGAGGCUGCUCACUCCGAAAGCUACCGUCGGCCGUCAUCGUCUGGAGGCGCCGCAGCAACUCAUCCAAACAGCACCGUGUCUCCCCCCCACGCGAACCGGUCCCGCGAGCUCGGAAUGGCCAGGUCCUCAGCCGCUACCGCCACCACCGCUGCCGCUGCAACCUUCCUGCUCGUACACAACCUCCGUCAUGCCAGCAUCGCAGCCAUGGUUGCAGUUGCCGGGUCCCCCGGGGUCAACGAGCGCCGCCACUUCCUGCGUGCCCAGUUCCUCCCAGUCCCGGGCAUGGCCAUGAGUCCGCCGCCGCCGCAGCAGCAGCAGCAGCAGGCAUUUCUUCGUACAUCACCCCCUGUGGCGCUUCACCCCGUGUCAAACUUCCCCUGGCCCUCGCCGGUUCUCGAAGUCUGGUCGCAACCACAGCAGCAGCCACAACCAGUCUGGCAUGCGCCGUACAUGCCCGUACUGCAGCCCGUACACUGGCCGCCGCCGCCUGGCGUGGAUCAGCAGGUGCAGCAGCAACAGCCGAAGCCGAAUGUCCCCCUAUGCUCCGCCAGCGCUGAGGAUGCGAGUCGAGGAAAGAAGUCGGGACUUUCGCCCGAGGCUUCCAAGCCGCUUCCAUCGCAAGUGCUUCCUAGUUCUGGAGCCAGUGACGUAACCAAAGAGGCGUCUGUCGUGCAAGCGGCCCCAGCCGGCUCGGCGUCAGCGAAGGCGAUGGCGGCGGCGGCGGCCGAACCUGUCAGCGACUCGCCAAGGGCUGAGUCGUCUGAGGCGGGUGUGAUAACGCCUGGCAGAGCCGCCAGCCCGGCCAUGGCGGCGGCGUCUGUGGUUGCCGUAUCGUGUACGGCACCGCCGGCGGUUUGUGAGUGGGUGCUGGCAGGCGGGCUCGACAAGUUGCAGGUCUCCGCUCUGGAGACUCCGGCCGGCAUUCCUCAUGAGCGGUACGGCAUCGCCGUUUCUGAAGAUGUCAGUUUCGGCGUCCAAACCAUCCGCGAGGUGGAACAAGAUCAACAACCGCAACCACAACCACAACCGCAACCACAACCGCAACCACAACCGGAAGGAGUGCUACAGCAAUCCGAAUCUGGCCCGGAGCGGCCUUCUGCUGUACCCUUGCCAAAGCUGGACGGUGCCAGCAGUAGCAGUACCAGCAACAGCAACAACAGCAGCACGAGCAGCGGGGAUGUGGGUGACGCGUCUCAGUCAACCUUCACGGGUGUUGCGAAAGCGCCGUCUGGGGCAGCUUCAGGAACAGCAGUCGCAGCCGCGGCGGCUGUGACAGGUCCACAACGUGACGGCCUGAUGACGGAGACAGCCGCAACCACCGCCCCGAGCGCAGUGGUGAAGGGAUCUUUUCGCGUUAUAAACCGGAGAGCCGCUGCCGUGUUGCUGGUCAACGCGCGAGCCGCACCUCAAUACAGCCAUUGCCUCCGGCUCCAGGAUCCUGUCGGCAUCACGGUGCAGGAUCCGGCUCGGGUCAUGAGGCGUAAGAAAACCCUCUCUCUGGGCAGCCUUCCUGCGUAUGUUGGCAACACACCGGCAGUGUUGCUGCCUCCCGGGGCCGAGUAUGUAGUGGAUGUGGUCCUUAACCUCAGCAAGGCCAAUUUUAGGAGCCAACGCGCCGAACGGGGGUUGCUGGCUCAACUGGUACUCUUCACGUUUGUAUUCCAUUGGAGUGUAGAUGGCAGCGAUGGAGUUGUUCUCCAGCCACACGGCAUCGCAAAACUUCCAGCAGAUGGCGUUCCAACAUCUGUUGUGCCAGGCGGCAUUGAGCAGAACCUGUCAGAUGCACCAUGUUUGCCUACUUGCUUGAAGGUACAUUCCAAGUUCUCCCAUGCUGCCGUGAUCGGAGCACGUGUGGCGGUCGCAAUCGUGGACCGAAGGCGGCUCUUGGAGGUUAAAAGCAUGCUGAAUGUGAUGGCGCCGCCCUUCAUUCCAAAAGAGCUAAGGCUCCUCUUCCACACUGCGCCUGCUCGAGUCUACGCCUGCCCUGUCUCCGUCCCAGACGCGCUCCUAUCUCCCGAGAACGGUCCCCACUGCGUCUUCACAUGUGCCGUACUCGCCGCCGCCCCUGCCGUACUGUCUCUCCGAUUCAUCAUCACCGCCCUGUCAGAGCUGCUGCUGCCGGGGUCACCAGUGCCAUCGUCGUACCGGUGCACAUCCGCUGCCGCUGCCGCCGCGUCGGUGCUGUUGUCCGCAAUGGACAGCAUUUUGAGGCCUGCAGCGGCAGUAGCCGCCGCGGCGGGAGCGGGUAAGAAGGCCACCGUUGGCACUGCAGCUUCAGGGGUGGCGACGGCGGAGGCAAGCUCUGGGACUCCGGCUCUGGCGGCGGCGGCUACGAUGGAGUGGGCUCAGAAGGAAGGUGUGGGCCGACCCGCGGUUCAGCAGCUCCACGGCCUCCAUGAUUACAUGGCCGCCGCCGCCGCCGGCGCCUUUAGUGCCGUCACCGCAGGCGGCGGCAACGGUUUCUUGACCCAUGGGUUCAAUGGCAUCCGGACGCCAUACGGCGGCAUCGAUGGUGGCGGUGGUGGCGGUCAAUGGGUAGCUCCGCGGCAGCGACUGGAGGCCGGCCAGACGGCUUGGGCCCGGCAGCUCGCGGCGGUGCUCCCGCCGGGAUCUAAGGUCCUUCGUAAAGCACUUCGAAUGCUUAAAGGAGUGUUCCAGGCGGCAUCAGCGGCGGCAUCCGCGGCGGCGACUCCGCAUGAAUCCGCCGCGGCUGUGAUGGCGGCGCUCGUCCACCAACGGUCUGAACUGCUGCGGUACGGCAAGCUUUUGGUGGAGGAGGAGGACGUUAUGGAGCGUGAUAUACGGGGCUUCAACCUCUACAGCGCCCGUGUGCGAGUGGCGCUGUUCAGUGACAACAUGCUCACGUACAGGGCCCUUCUGCCCGAGGUACUCAUCCCGUUGACGCUCCGAGCGCCUGGAGGUGCCGCCAUGCUGUGCGGGGACCCACGCCAGUUGGAGCCUGUGGUCCGCAGCGCAUCUGCCGCACGUGGCGGUCUGGCCACCUCCCUCCUGGAGCUGAUGAUGGAGGCGGCCGGACGUGAGGGCCACCUGGACCGAGCUCGAGCAGUCGCCGGGCUCGUGGAGGAGAAGGUCGCCAAGAUGACGAUGACGGCCGCAAGGGGCCAUCAACAGCAGCGGCAGCGGCAGCAGCAGCAGCAGGUGGCGCAGCCACAGCCACUUCUAGCAAACCACCAACAUCAGCACAACUACCACAACUACCACAACCAAAACCUCUGCAAGCACCACUGCAAUCACCACCAUGCUUUUUCGCGGCUCCGCGGGGUUAUGUUGGUUCGGAAUUACCGCAGUGCCGCCCCCCUCCUGGACCUGCCUAGCCGCCUGUUCUACGACGACCAACUCAAGGCUUGUGUCGACGGCCAAACAGCUCGUCCUCCGGAGUGGGAGCUGCUCGUACAGCCCUCGGCCGCCGCCGGGGCUACGGCCGCCGCGCGAGAUGUCACCGCGGGUCUGACGCCGCCUGUUGGUGCGCAUGCCAGCGGCAGCGGCGGCGGCAGUAAUGCAGCGACGGCGGGGGCGACGGGGGCCGUAGCGGCGGCGGCGGGGGCUUCCGUCGUCAUGGACAGGAGUCCUGGCCGAGUGGAGCCUCGAGUGGGAGAGACUGCUGCUGCUCCUGCGGCGGCGGCGGCGGAGGAGGAGGAGGAGGCGUUGGUGGCUCCCUCCCAUUUGCUCUUCUAUGGUGUCCGGGGACAGCAGUAUCAGGAGCUGGACGCACCGUCGUACUUCAAUCCCUUGGAGGCUUCCACUGUCGCUGAUCUAGUGGACUCGCUCAUCAAGGCGUCAUGGGCGGCGGCAACGAGGAGACUGGAGGCGCAGCGGCAGGGCCGUACGGGCAGCGGGGCCGCCGCCGCCGCCGCUUCCGCCACUACUGCCGUACAGUCAAACAACGCUGCAGGGGAGCUCCUUUCCGGUGUCGUACAUCAGCAACACAUCGGUAUCAUUUGUACCUACAGGAAGCAGGUGUUCAAGAUGCGUCAGUUGCUCCGCGAACGAGGCCUUGGCGGCGUUCGUGUUGGCACUGUUGACGAUUACCAGGGUCAGGAGGAGCGGAUCAUCUUCAUCUCCACCGUCUUGUCGAAGGUGGAGUCCCUACCCGGUGCGGUGAUCAACAACAACAACGUCGGCCGCGGCGGCGGCGCCGCCACUGCUGAUGGUGAUGGAGCGGUCGCGGCGCCGCCACCUCCCUGCCACCAACCGCUAGGUCUCUGGUCGCACCCACGGCGCUUUAACGUAGCUGUGACUCGCAGCCGGGCGUUACUGGUGGUUGUGGGACAUCCUGCCGUACUGCUGGCGGACAGGUACUGGCGGGAGCUUGUACGACAAUGCGUGGCAAGCGAGGCCGAUGCAGAGCUGCAGGGCGUCGAUGACGGCGCGUUCGACAACAGCGAGUACGAUGACGAGUACGGUGGGGAUGAUUGGGAGGACGGGAGCGCCGGGGAGGACGACGACGCCGAUGAGGCGGACCUGGCUGCUGUCGUACAGCAAUUGGCGGAGAUGGCGACGCUAGGCAUGGGCUGCGAGGACGAGAUUUACCCGGACCCGCGUAAUCUACGCGCCUUUUACGAACUGGAAUCGGCAUACUUUGAAGAGAUGCCGUUUCGUGUUCAGCUUUAGAAUUUGCAAUUAAAGCGAGGAACUGAGGUGUGGAUUUAGAAGUCAAAAGUGGUAAGAAUGACAAAGGACCGGAUCCCACCAGGAGCAGCCAAGCCAGCGAAGUUUGCGGCGGUGGAGGUAUCUUAGGACGUCACGUGAGGCAGUUGUUGGAGGUUGUUGGGAGCCUUGCUGGAAGCUUUGGUACUUGUUGGCUGGGUUUGGGCUGGCCCCCGGCCGCAAAAAAGGGGUCAGGACUUCGGGCGGUUGCUGCUCCAGCUAGCUGCUGGGGUUCCAGAGCUGGUUGUGGUUGGGAGCGAGGGGAAGCAGGGAAGGGAAACUGCUGAUGACAUGACAGGGCAGGAACGUCUUUGGAUGAGCAAGGCAUCUUUUAGGUUUCAGAGGAAAAAUCGUGGAGUGCAAAAUGCAUGCUUAGUCAGGACAGGAUAAGAUCAAGACGUGAGCACAGGAGACAAUACCUCAUCAGCUCAGCAGGAUGACCUGGCGAUGUACGGAGUCCGAGGGUACGAAAUGCAGCUGCUUUGGUUCAGCACCGUACUGCUGGUGGCCCUUAAGAUGUUUAAUACGAUCUAAAAGGCUUAGAAACCAGGAAGGCCUUUUGACGACCGUAUGGGUAUGGCCCAGGACAGUUAGCCGCCAAUGACACGCAAACAAGCUAACAGGGACCGUUGGGCCGGACUCAAACAGCGCCCAAAUAU